UUUAUCUUUGAUAAGAUUAAUUUUUUAUCAAUAUUUAAAUAUUUUAAACUAAAUUUAAUGGAUAUUAUUUGUCAAUUUCUAUUAACUUGUAUACUAUAUAUGAACCAAAUAGAAAUUAAAUUAUACAUAACCUCCAUAUCUUUGCUGUCUUAUUUGUAUUAAUUUGAAGACAAUAGAAGCAAUAAAGAAACAGUUUCAUUUGUUUUUCUGAAGUAACAGGCAAUUAUUUCUAGUUAGUUAACCAAUUUCUUUGUUUGUCUUUGAAGAAGCAAUCGUGGUAGCAAGAAAAUUCACUAUAUAAAGAAUAUUGAGUUUGCCAUGAAUAUUUAAAUAUUUAUGUUCUUUUCAACAAAAGAAAAGGUAAGUCUGUUCUAUUUUUAUAGUGACAUUUCAAGUAUUAUUCAGUGUAUAAAAUAAUUUUAUGAUAUGAUCAAUAUGUAUUAUAUUUUUGUUUUAGAUAGUUUUAUUGUUAUGUAAAAUAAGUAAAAAUUGUAGAAAUUAUAAAAUAUCAAGUGAUAUCCCUUGUAAUUGAUAAAACAAUUUGAUAAAAUAUGUCAAAAUCAGAAUCAAUUAGUACCUUAAGUGAUCAUGAAGAUGAUAUUGACAAUUUGGAUGGUUCUUUGAUAUGGUCUCAAGAGGAGCCACUUUCUUCCAAUGAAAUAUUGGAAUUAUCAAUGCAAGAUAAAAAAGAAAGUGGAUUGCUUGCUCUCUGUCGAUUGUGUGCUGGUCAAACUACUAAUCCAAUAUAUAUCUAUUCUGAAUUUGGAGAAUCAAUGAAAUUGGCACAUAAAAUAAAUACAUGUUUAAGUGUUAAGAUUAAGAAGACAGACUCAUUGCCAAAGCAGCUUUGCUUGAGCUGUGUUGAGAAAGUAAACUGGUAUGACAAUUUUGACACACAAUGCAUUAAAGCAGAGGAAGUCCUUUCAACAAUACUAAAGGAGAAGCAAUCUUUUAACAUUUCUAAUCAAAUCUUUUCUAAUCAAUCUGAUCAAUCCUGUCCCUUAUGCAUAAAAGGCUUCAUGAAUAUAUGCGAAGAGACUUUCAAGAACACAAAGGAUCAGGAAUUAUAUGAGAAUGAUAUAAUUAUAGAAAGCAGUGACGAGGAGAAUAUAUUUAAUAAUGUUAAAGUCAAUAACGAAAGUGAAGAAAAUUAUUCCAUCACAUUACAAUAUUUGGGAACUAGUCAGAAAUAUCUAAAAUGUGGAGCAUGCAUGAAUCUUUAUCACACCGAGGAGACACUAAACGAUCAUAAAUGUAAGCCCAGUAUACAGAAUACAACAAAACCGUACAAAUGUCUUGUAUGUGACAAGACGUUUACUUUUGAGGAACGAUUAAACUUUCAUAUGCAAUUUCACAAAGGCGCGAAAGCAUUAUAUUGCGAGAUCUGUAAGAUAACGUUCGGUAAAGAGCUGAAGUUGUUUUACCACUAUAAAAGACAACAUUCUAAAGAGAUUAGUGUCUCGUGUCUGCAGUGUGGAAAGUUAUUCGAGAAUCAGGAAGCGCUACGAGUGCACGUUUGCGUCGACGGUAAAAAUCGACCUCACAUUUGCGAAGUGUGCAACAAAGGAUUUUUCGAUGGUUACACUCUGAAGCGUCACGUAGUGACGCACCUGCCCGAGAAGCCUUACAAAUGCUCGGAGUGCUCAAAGAGCUUUACGCAGAAAUCAAGAUUGAACAAGCAUGUCGCGAGUCACUGCAUCAUUAUUGAGAGCAGCCAGACCGUCUGGAAAUGCAUCCAAUGCGGGGAAGUGUUCAUCUCUUGCGAUGACGCGGACAUUCAUUACAAGAUAAUACACGAGGAUAAGAUCACGCUGAUCGAGGAGCUAUCGACAUCCAAGCUGUAUCAUUGCGAGUUUUGCAACAGCCAUUUCACCAACGCGGACAACUUAAAGACUCAUCAAAAGCGUCACGUUGUCGAAAGACCGUACACUUGUAACACAUGCAUGGCCACUUACAAAUCGUUCGCGGAAGCUGUUUUACACUGGAGGGAACAUCCCAGAUUGUUCAAAGUUCUCGUCGUCUUCCUAUGCGACGUCUGCAACAAGGACAUGAAGGAGUUAUCCCUGCUGUACAAGCAUAAGCAGAACCGGCACGACCGUGCAUCCAGAUUAUCCGAGUCAGGCGACGCAAAAUUCAUCUGCGAACUCUGCGGGAGUGUAUUCGAUAAAAGCGAGAAUAUACAGGAUCACGGACGAGAUCAAUGCUCCAAGUUUCCCUGCGACAUUUGUGGCAGUCUGCUGCCUACGGCAAAUUCGUUAAACGCACAUAAAAGGCGACAUAAUGGAUUGAGGCCGUACGUUUGCAACAUCUGCGGAAAAAGUUACACUCAGUCAAGUCACAUGUGGACUCAUAAGAGAUUUCACAUGGGCAUCAAGCCUUACGCCUGCGAAUAUUGCGAUCAGCGUUUUACGAUAAAGCCGGACUUGGCGGAUCACGUCAGGAAGAAGCACACGAGGGAGAGGCCGUUCAAGUGCGACGUGUGUAACAAGGCUUUCCUGACUGGGUCCGUGUUUUAUCAGCACAGAUUAAUACAUCGUGGCGAUCGCAGAUACAAGUGCCAUUACUGCGAGAAGGCUUUCACCAGAACAGAGGCUUUGAACAACCAUAUCAAGAUACACACCGGGGAAAAGCCGCACUCAUGCGACAUAUGCGGUAGAUGCUUCAGACAAAAGGGAGACAUGAGGAAACACAGGCGCACUAAGCACGCUUCCGAAUAAAACUAAUCUUGAAAGGGUUUUCUCAGAUAUCAACUCGUUAUUUUUUUCCAUUUGUUUCCAUUUUAAUCAUUAUACCAAUAAGUAAUUAAAUACGCACGUAACGGUGUAUUUGUGCAAAAUAAUUUUUACUGUAGUAGAUACAUAUUGAUUAUCCUACAAGUUUGCUUUUUCAAUAAAUAAUAAAAUACAAUUAAU